UUUAGUUUCGUUAUCGAAUCGGUGCGCGGCACAUCCACAAAUUUAAAUCCAUCAAUUUAUCUCGAAGUUCUUAUGGCGCGCUUUUGUUGUCUGUUGGUCCUAUUGGCGGUGGCCGGCUAUGGAGCUGCUGCCCCGGCACCUGGCAAGGCCGAGGGACGCUCCUUUGGACUACUCGGCGGUGGCUUUGGAGGUGGUCUUGGACUCAGCGCUGGAGUGGGCUUAAAUGCGGGCCUCUACAGUGGUUUCGGUGGUGGUGGUGGACACGGCUACGGUGGUGGCUAUUAUCCUGGUGGCGGCUACUAUCCUGGCGGUGGUCAUUACCAUGGAGGUCAUGGCUACGGAGGUGGACAUGGAUAUGGACAUGGCCAUGGAGGUGGUUACUAUCCCGGCGGCGGUUAUGGCGGUGGCUAUGGACACCAUCCAGGUGGCGGUUUCUACCCCGGUGGUGGCUACAACAGCCACGGUGGAUCAUAUGGCGGCCACUACAGUCAAUCCCAGUCGCAGUAUUCCAACAACUACUACAAUGGUGGUUAUGGCGGUGGCGGCGGCUUCUUUGGCCGAUAAUCCUAGCACAGUGUGAUCAUUUUUAACUCUAAGUUAGCUCAUGUUAUUUGUACUGAAAAUCCAGAUUGUAAAACACUCGGAAAAUAUAAAAAAAAAGUUAUAAACCAGA